CGAACCCCUCUAGCCGCCGAAAAGUGACAUCAGGUCAGCAGCAACGCGCCGCCCUCGAUCCUUGAUAAAACCCCCACCACAGAGCGUCCUCAUCCGAUCUGCAUCGCAUCGCAAUCCUCAUCUCAUCCCGUCAAACAACCCUCAUCUCCUCCCAUCUAUCUAAACACCGAGCCUCGGCCACCAUGGAGACGCCCUUUAGCAUCGCCGCCAACCCCGACACGGACGUGUGGAAGAAGCCGCCCAAGCACGACGUCUUUAACGCACCCUACCUCACCCACUCGCGCCGCCUCACCACCGCCUUCCGCUCCGCCUCCCUCACCUUCGCCUGCCCCUACGCCACCCAGUUCGACCAGGCCGGCCUCCUCUUCAUCUUCCACCCGCCCUCCUCCCACCUCCCCUUCCCCGCCAACAACAUCAAGGCCCCGACCGACGUCCCCGCCCACCGCAAGUGGAUCAAGGCCGGCGUCGAGCUCUUUGACGGCGCCCCCCGCCUCAGCACCGUCUGCUGCGACAACUGGGCCGACUGGAGCGUCGCCUCGCUUCCUCGGCCCGCUGCCGUUUCUUCUUCUUCUUCUUCUUCUCGUACUGCAACUGCUACCACCACCACUACCACCGCAGCUAGAGGGGAACAAGGGGAACAAGGGGAUGCCGACGCAGCCGUCGCCGAAAUCCUCGCCGGCCAAAGACCCGUCACCAUCACCGUCGAGCGCGAAAAGUCCGACUCGGGCUGCUGCCUGUGGGUCUACCACGUCGACGCCGCCACGGGCGCCCGCACGCCCAUGCGCGAGAUCAACUGGCCCUACGGCGAGCCCGCGGGGCCCGGCUGGGAGCUCGAGGUGGCGGCCGCCGUGGCCCGGCCUUCCAAGACGGCGGGUGGGAAGCUCGAGGCGACUUUCACUGAGUUUGUCGUCGACUGGGCGUAGUGUGCAGACUUGUGUGUACGUUGUCCAUGUGUGAGAGGCAAGGCGCGCGCGGGCGGCGUCGAUGGAUGAUGGCCCACCCCAUGUGAUGAUGAAUGAAAGGGAAAUCGCACCGAGCAAAAAGUGAUUGUGCCAAUAGCACUUCUCUUUGCCAAAGGCCAUUUACGAAGCAACGUACGUACGUUAAGACUCUAAAACAUCUAGGGACCCAAUACAUGUCACGAGAAAAACAAAGAAUACAUGCACA